AGGGGGAAAUGACAUCGUUGGUCACGUGGGAUGCCUCGAUGGCCUCUUCCACGUGACGUUGGACAGCAUGAUAUCAUCAUAGGACGUAGGACUUACAAGAAAUGACCAUUGCUACGGAACUAGAAACCCCCUAAAUUUGCCAAAGCCGGCUGUACAGGUACAUGAGAUGGUGGUGCUGGUUUCUACAUGCGCACGCUGCAUGACGAUGUUCUCCGAGGUUCAGAGCUGAGUAAACUCCAAUGGAAGUGCUGUAAGCAAGUGGACCCUAUCUUUCCGAUGUCAGGCAUGUGUUUACAAGAUUCUGUGGUGGACACCCUAUCUGGCCCUAGUGCACUGCCACUACAACCUCUUGGUCACAUAGAAGAACAGAUAGAGAGUGUGAAGAAGGCACUGCACUUGCAGGGCAUUGACUUCGAGGAGCAAUGCACAUCGAGUACAGACACCGACUGCUGGGUCUUACAUAACCUCACACCAUGGAACAAUAUUCUUUACUUUGCAAAUAUGGAACUUAAAGAGCACAAACCUGGAAAGUUGAGUCUGUGCGAGGUGAAUAAUAAUGCUGCUGUGUGCCAUGACAGUGAACCCCUACUCAGUGCUGCAUUUGUGACUUAUUGGCUAGUCAAGAAACACAGUUGCAUCGAUUUUUUUAAACCAAACACCCUUGUAGUUCGACAGUCAAGCAGUGCGUUUAAAAAUGCUCUUGCAUCUAAUGCUAAUCUGUGCCACUUUUAUUACUCCCGGAGCGGCCUCUGGCGACAUAAAGAACAUUAUGUGUCUGAGGGUGUCCAUCUGCUGAAGAACGUCAAAAGCCUUGUCCUCUGCAAUGUUGAGAUCAAACACGAAGGAGCUGUUCUUGUUGCCAAAAUGCUUGAGGACAAUAGACAAAUUAAAAAAGUAAACUUUACUAGCAAUUCCCUCACGUAUUGUGGUUCCGAAAGAAUAUUAAGAGCUCUAAGAGGGUGCUUGACGUUGACAGAGCUUGUAUUUGACAGCAACGGCAUUGGAAAGAAGGCAAUGAAGUAUCUCGGUCAACUCGUUGCAAAAAGUCAGUUGCUUGAAACGGUUGCACUCAACUUCUGCAUUACCUCAGAAAAUAAUGGUAUAGAAAGUCUCGCCAGUGCUCUCAAGAUUAACACCAGCGUUAAAGAGAUCAUCUUUGACAGCUGUAUCUCUUGUGUGGAAGCAAUAGCAGAUGCUCUCAUAGAGAACAGUUCUGUACGCUGUGCCAAAUUUGUACAGGGUGGAGUCCAUGACGAGAAUUGCUCAAAGCUGUCCAGAAUGCUCCAACAGAAUUCAACCUUAGAAGAACUGCAUCUCUCUUCUAACAAUAUUGGAGACUACGGAGCUUCGUUUCUAGCUACUGGACUUCUUGGCAACAAAACUCUCAGAAAGCUCUUCCUCGACGAGAACUGUAUCGGACAUCGUGGCUUAGGACGUCUCAUCGAAGCCUUGGCAACGAAUGAAUCUCUUCAGUUGCUUGAUGUAACUUCCAAUUCUUUGGAAGAACAUGACAGUAGCACAUUAAGCAGAGCACUUAUCAGUGCCAGAGCUUAUGGAAGGGUAAGGCUGGACUGGCAGGAUGUUGACAUCAAUCAGCUUGCAAAAGUUCUUGCUGCUGGAAGUCAUAUUGAAGAUCUCGAGCUCGACUGCUCAAGGGUUUCAGAGGGGAAGAUGCUUGAAGUACUCUCAUCACUUUGUGCUAAUGCAUCGGUUAAGAAGCUUUGUUUAAAGGGGCCAUUAACAGUCCCGAUUGCUGAGUGUAUAGCCGAAGUGCUGUACACAAACACAAGUAUCAAAAGCCUUGACGUAUGCUUCUGGAUACAACAGCAUGGUUUCCUAAGUUUGCUUCGGGCCCUUGAAUGCAACAGAACCAUAACAAAGUGCCGUAUUAACAUAGAGGAAUACACCACAAAGAUACGUCUGGCCAUGGGGUCAGUCUUGCGCAAAAACACAGCCAUCACUAAUCUAGUCAUUUGUGCUUUACAUGAACGUGACUUCAGAAUUAUAUCCAGGGCCUUAAGAUUGAACUACACGAUAACCAAACUAGACUUUGAAUAUUCUGCGACACCAAAUAAGGACGUGUCUGACAUUCGUGGAUUGCUUCAGCGCAAUCAAUCACUUCUAAAUGCAGCAGCUCGUUUCGUCAUCAGCCCUUCAGUCCAUAAAGAGAGAGCAUUGGCCUUCGAAAAACUUGCACACAGUGACAGCCUUGCUGAGCACUUGGUUAACAUCACAUCAAAGAGUGCGGAGGAGAUCGCAAAAAUGUUGCGUUGUGCCAAGGAGUAUGUUAUGUCAAACUAUUUCAGGAUAGUUUGCGUGGUGAAAACAAAGAUGGAGUGCCAUGACAUUGUGGGUGACAGAGGACAAAUUGACCAACUCAACGAGGUGUGUUUGCGAAGACUACUGUUUUACCUCAGGAUUGAUGACGUUAUUGUUCUCAGAAGUUCUUCAGGAAUGACAGUGCCAGACACAGAGAACAGCGCUUGCGCAUGUUGCAGCAAGCUGGAAAACUCGUCGCCUUCCUACAUGGAGUCCCGUAUAGGACAACUCAAGGCGAUGUUCAAGCAGGUUGACGUCGAUCUCGAAGCACCAUGCACAGAAGCUGCAGAACUCGAGUGCUGGAUUCUUUCGAAUCUAGUGCCGUGGAAUAAGGUACUUCACCCAGCGGGCAUGGAGUUGAAGGAAGUGGAGCCUGGAAGGCUGGCGGUCGCGGCGCUCAACCUGGACGUCUGCAGCUGCUGCGAUGAAGGUUUUCUGCACGACGCCUCGUUCUUAACCUAUCUGCUCGUAACGGAACAUCGCUGCGUGCGGUACUUCAAGCCGCACCCCGUCGUAGUGGAACGUUCCGGAAGUGCGUUUGCGAAAGCACUCGCGUCAAACGCCGGGCUGCGUCACUUCGAGUACCGUGGAAGCCGCAGGUGGCGACGCGAGGAAACGUAUCUCGCGGAGGGAGUUUCAGCACUAACGAAUAUCGAGCACCUCCACCUGAGCAACGUCAGCCUCAACCACGCGUCGGCGGUUCUUCUUGCUAACAUGUUUGAGAGAAAUAAGAACCUCAAGAGGGUGACCUUCAGUCAGAACUCCCUCGGUCUUCAUAGCUCGGAGAUCCUGCUCAGAGCGCUCAGGACGAGCGCAACCCUCGCGGUGCUCACGUUUGACAACAACCACCUGGGCCACAAGGCGAUGAAGUACCUCGGACAACUCGUCGCUGGCAGCCAGUCAUUGAAGAAGCUCUCAUUGAAGUGGAGCGUAAAGGCCGGACAAAACGGGAUCGAGAUCCUCGCCGACGCGUUGAAGAUUAAUGGCACUUUGCGCGAGAUUGACUUGUACGGAUGCGACAACUGCGCGGAAGUGGUUUCGGAGGCACUCCGCGAGAACAAGUCGUUGAGGGUCGUCACGUUGACGUGCUGCGCCGUCAGCAACUCCGACGCGUUGAGGCUUGCUGGGAUGAUUGAACGCAACACCACUUUGCAAGUGCUCGACAUCGCUUCCAACAAUGUCGGCGACCUGGGGGCCGAAGCGUUGGCGGCGAGUCUGGCUAAAAACGGGACGCUUAGGAAAUUAUGCCUUCUCGAAAACAGCAUAAGUGCGCGCGGAGUAAGGCUCCUCUCCGCAGCCCUAGGUAGAAACAGCUCCCUUCGAGUGCUGGACGUGGGUUCCGUCUUCGUCCAGGAACACGAGGGCGUGGUUUUAAACGGCGUUCUAAGACAGGCGGGUGCUUACGGAAGAGUUAGGCUCAACUGGCAGGACAUAGAUUUACCCGAACUCUCCACAGUUCUCACGGGAAACGAGAAAGUCGAGGAAGUACAACUUGAUUGCACGGCGUUGUCACUCCAGAGCCUUCAAGGGGUGUUCGCAGCUCUCUGCACCAAUACCUCGGUCAGGAAGCUCCACCUUCGAGGUGAACUUAAACACCGCGCUGCGAUGCAGCAGUUGGUAAAAGUAAUCGACAGCAACAAGAGUAUCAGGUACCUCAACUUUGACUGCCAGGGCAGCCAGUGCACUUUCAUCAAAGAUUUUGUAGAAGCACUUCAACGUAACAGGAGCAUAAUUUUUUGCGACAUCUACGUGCACGAAUACACUGCGAAGAUAGUCAAUGCCCUCUCUGCUCUGAUAAGGGAAAACAAAGCGAUAACGUCCCUCGUGAUUCACCAUUUUCCGUCGUACCGCGUCGAGACGCUAUCGAAAGCAUUGCGCGAUAACUACACACUCACAAGGCUUGAGCUGGGAUACGCCGGUUCUCCAAACAAGUCGACCUAUCGCAUCGGAGAGGUGCUUCGAAGGAACGGCUCUCUUCUGAAACUGGCCGCGCAGUUUGCCAUGCAUCCGUCCACAAACAAGGCAGAGGCAGAAAUAUUUGAAAAGUGUGCAGGAAGCGAAAGCCUUUCGCGCUUUCUAGCACAGCUGACGAGGAAGGACGGAGGUCACGCGAAGAAACUCGUGCGCGGGGCCAGGCGCUUCAUCGCUUCGAACUUUUUCAAGAUUGUUGGCGUGGUGAAAGACGGUGUGCAAUGCGACGAAGCGAAUCUUUCAGGCAAAGCGCAGAUUGAUUGGCUCAACGAAGCCAGUUGGUUGAAACUACUGUCAUAUGUAGAAGUCAGCGAUGUAUUUGCAGUGUAAUGCAAUGGCAACUGCUGCUGUUUCUCUAAUUGUUAAAAGCACAAUAAAGCAGGCAGGCAGGCAGUUUA